AACGUUCAGUAGGAGGAGCCAGUUCCAGAUGCAACUUUUGCCCCCUACGGCUGACGUUGUUCACGUUUGUGUAUAUUGACGAUGACGUACCUCGUUUCAACAUACUAGCUAAAAGCUAGCUGUCUUAACUUAGCUGACAAAAAGUGAGGUACUGUAAUGGUGGUGUGGCGCAUGCAGUAGUUUCGUUCCAACGCAGUUUGUACCCGCAGAUAGUCCUGGCCCGUACGUACGAGGACGUUUCCAUUAUCUCGUAUCUGUCUGUGAUGUACGGAUGGUUAGUUGACGGACUAUCGUCGCUCUUCGAGCCUGUAAAAGGGCAUAAACCUUUCGGUUGGCCUGGUUUGAACGUUACCGGACAGGUACCCACACUAGCGUGGGAGGCAAAUUUGCAAAGGCAGGAGCCCAACGCCAGGCCAGCCAAAAGGAACUACCAAAGCAUUCAUGCAUCAGAAACCCUUAGCCAGAGUGAGCCAGUCGAGAUCAAGAGACGGAGAACAGACAUAGUUGUUAACUUUGUGAAGAAGACCGUGUCAGGGGUGGUAGGACUACUCCGACUGAGGAACCCCUUGUCUCCUACCAAGAGGAGCCACAGAUCGAACACAGCCAGCCAGGCACAGCCUGCAGCCUUGAUGGGAAUAGAUGAACUCCACACCUCAUGGAUGAGUAGCUCUGAUUGGAGGAUGGAGAAGCCAACUGUCGGGGGACAGAGUGAACGGGAGAGGCGGGGACUGAGUCUCAUUCAGGGAUCCUCUCCUCCUCUGAUGAGGAAACACACUGGCUCAUUGCUAUGCCCGGGAAACUUAGAUAAAGCGAGAGACCGAGACAAGUCCCAAAGACGUAGUCUCCAGUGCCUGCCCAAUCGGCCUGCCCUGGGGGUAGGGACAGGACCUCCCAGCUCAGACCCACCCCCACUCGGCCCCAACCGCAGUCACAGACAGUUCCUGGCCGUGGAAGAGGCUCUGAAGGAGAGCGAUAAGGAGCAUUACAGACGUUUACUCCAGAUGGUGUCUGACAAGUACAGCAAGAGUCAACCGCUGCCAUUCACCCGCACCAAGCCCCAGGGGGCAGUGCUCACACAGGAUGGACAUAGGACGGCCGUUCUGGGGAGAACCUGUGACUCUGUGACCCAGAGGGCGGGACCUCUCAGAGCCAACCCCAAUGUGUUUAUGUGGAGAGAUGUACCCACAACCAAGCAAGCCAGAGAUCGCAGGGGAGAUUUGUGUCUCAGUAAGCCUCUCAGUGCAGCUGCUGACCCUCAACCUGCCACCAAUGCACUGCGGAAGCAGCCGGAGGUGGAUCUCUGUGCUGAGGUGGCGGCGAGACUCAACCUGGUGGAUAGAGAUACCUCAACACAGACCUACGCCCAGCCUGAACCACGGCACAAUGAAGAGCUUCUAAGACUCACCAAGGAGAUGGCUGUGGAGGUGAGUCGUGCCCUCUCUCAGAAGGAUCCUAACCUAGUCCUGAGCUCCGCCUUCAAACUACGCAUCACACAGAGAGACCUGGCCACUCUGCAGGAGGGUAGUUGGCUCAAUGACGAGGUAAUGAAUUUCUACCUAUCCCUUGUGAUGGCCCGUAGCACUAGUGCUGGGCGAGGGCUGAAGGUCUACUCCUUCAGCACCUUCUUCUUCCCUAAACUCCACGGGGGAGGAGGUGCAGGAGGGCAUGCUGCUGUGAAGCGGUGGACCAAAGCUGUGGACAUCUUCCAGUACGACAUCAUCCUGGUUCCGCUGCACCUGGGAGUCCAUUGGUCUCUGGCUGUGGUAGACUUUAAUUCUAGGACAGUGAGGUCCUAUGACUCCAUGGGACAGAGACAUGAUGACAUCUGCAGCCUCUUACUUAUGUACCUGAGGGAGGAACACCAGGCCAAGAAGGACAAAGAUCUGGAUAUGUCCAAGUGGACAGUGAGCAGCUUAAGGGCCAGCGAGAUCCCUCAGCAGAAAAAUGGGAGUGACUGCGGAGUGUUUGCCUGUAAAUAUGCGGACUACAUCGCCCAGGAAAGGCCUCUCAACUUCCGACAGUGUCACAUGCCCCUGUUCAGGAAGCUAAUGAUCUGGGAGAUUCUCAACCAGAAGCUGUUGUAAGACAACACAAAAAGGAAUAACUGCUACGUAACUGCGUUUAAAAAAAAUAAAAUAAAAGAACAUGGUGACAAAAGCGCUAAACAGGAACGACUACUACACAGCCUUGGAACUACAACAGGAAGGACGACUACAGUGAAGAUCUAAGAAGCAAUAAACAAAUGACUUAAAGGACCAAAGCUAGGGACCACAUCACCUGUUAUCUGUGGGGAGAGGUGCAGUCUAAAUGGUGUUCUCCAGGGAAGGGGAGCUACACGUGAGCGUUUUGGAAUUGAUUGUGAAUAUGACUGAGUAUUCACUGCAACCUGAAGUGCCUUGGACUCGAGUGGAUCUGUCUGUCAUACUUAUGUUAAACACCAGAUGGGGAAUCCGUUUAUAUCUAGAAAAAUCCCCAUUGUUUUGCUCACGUAGAUGCUUAUUUAAAACCUUAGAACAAGCUUUGUUAAACCGGAGAGUGUUCUGUAAAUGUAUAUGUCUAUGUAAUAGGUACUUUAUUUUUUACUGGUUAUAUAACAGGUAUAUUGUUGCGAUUUAUGGAAUGUCUUAAUUGGUGGUUGAACCAUUGUGAGCGUGCUUGUGUUUGUGUGUGUGUGACACGUAUAGAUAUUAUUUGACCUACACCUUUUUGUGUGCAUCGCUGAAUUUGACUGUUAACAUGGGCUCAACUGGAGCAGAGUUGUGGAGUGCUUCAUCUCAAGCAGAGCAAGACGCCCUCUUAAUCCCUAGUCACCAACCACAGACAUGGACAAAUUAUUUAAAACCGUAAUGUUAUACAAUGUUAUUUAUUUGAUUUAGCCCGUUUUUUUUAUAUGGUAUGUACAUGGUUGAAGAAACACUGUAUUUCUCUCUCUGUUUAGGUGGUAUACCUUAAGUGCAGGAAGGUAAGGUCUUUGUCAGUACCAAUGGUCACAGCUCCAUUGAGUUUUGUGUUUUCCUUAGAAGGGAAAUGAGGGGGAAAAUGUCAGAUCUGUCUGUAUAGCGCUAGCUUGGGCCUUUAUUCGGUAUGGCUACAUGUUUCCUGUCUCAAACCGUGGUCAAUGUGUAGUGAGUGACCUUGGUUCAGAAGUGCAGAAACCCGCUCUGCAACUUGAGCACCAGUAAGUGCACUCUUUGGAUAACACUCAUAAAGAUCUGAUGCCUUGCUGUAAUGACAAUUCCAAAUCAAUCAUCACUUAAAGAAUGUGCUUGUCUAGGAAUCUAGUUCAUUCAAAGCUGAAUCUGUAUUGCAUAGUAAUAACAGACCUAAGGGUCAACUUGUGCAUAAGCACAGAGCACGGCGAGUAAUUUCUAAGUUUUUUUGUAAUGUCUGAGGAAUCUUUAUUGUGCCUGUCAUCAGUGUUUGAGGGUAUUCCAAAUUGACAUUUCUUUAAAAUAUGCUAUUGGCAUUGGGAGGAAGUAACAAUCAGUUUACUUAAUUUGUCGGGAUACUCAGUUUUAAUCUUUGAGAAAUUUGGUCAAAAUAAAUGCAUCCAAUUUGCUCUCUCCAAUCCAGAAAAAUAGCAGUAAACCCCUGUGUUGGUUAUAUCUUAUUAAAUUGUGCAUAUUUCUUUUGGUAAUAUUCAUAAAGCCAUGUUGACAAAAUACGUUUUAUUUAUAUCAUUAAAUAUUGACCCUGCUGAGUUUAUAUGGUGUCUCAAUUGAAUGAGUCAAUGGCAUUUGUCUUAUUUCUUGAUCCACAAAAGUCAGAGGUUACACAUUUUCAAAUUGGAUUAGAUUGUCAAUCAGUUAUGUUAAAAAUGUAUUAAGUUACAAUUUGGUCCAUGUUAUCUGUACAUACUAUUAAAUGCCCAUGCAGUUA